CUAAGCUUAAAGAUCCUGGCUCAUUUUCAAUCCCUUGCACAAUUGGUGAUAUGUCAAUUAAUCGUGCUCUAUGUGAUCUUGGUGCUAGUGUCAGUCUUAUGCCAUUGUCUAUAUGUAACAAGUUACAGAUGGAAGACUUGAAGCCUACUACUAUCUCCCUCCAAUUGGCGGAUCGAUCGGUUAAACGUCCGGUAGGUAUAUUAGAGGAUGUACCCAUCCAGGUUGGUAAAUUCUUUAUUCCAGUUGAUUUUGUUAUUCUUGAAAUGGAGGAGGAUUCUCAAAUCCCCAUUAUAUUGGGAAGACCUUUCCUUGCUACCGCUGGAGCGAUAAUUGAUGUGAAGAAUGGAAAGCUCUCUCUCAAUAUAGGGGAUGAAAAGGAUUGACACGAUUGACAUGGUGGUUAGAGAAGAUUUUACCAGAGAUAUCUCAAGUGAUCCACUUGAGAAAUGUUUAGUAAAGAAUGGGGUACCAGAUGAUGAUGAUCAGGAAAUAACUUCCUAUGUUACAAUUCUUGAUAAAAAGCCAACCUACACCAAAACCACCUACAUCAAAGAACCUGAUAUAGUGGUCGAAAUUGCAAGGGGGCUGAAUGAUCAGGUUGUGUCUGUAAACACAGCUGUGUCAAAAAGCAGCAGAAACAGCCCAGAACAGGUUUGUGAAGAGAAAACUGCACCUGGGAAGAUGCUGAAUAAUGAUUCCACACGGCCAUGGUGUGUUCGUAGACACAGUCAUGUCAAAAAGCAGCAGAAGAAGUCUAGAACCAGUCCAUCUCCACCAGUUGAAGUGGAACAUAAGGCACAUUGGGCUAUCAAGAGCAUUCAUUUAUAUUUGAAAGAAUCAGGGGAACAGAGAAAGCUUCAACUAAAUAAACUCGAUGAAUUAAGGUUGGAUACAUAUGAGAAUGCCAAGAUUUACAAAGAAAGAACAAAGAAGUGGCAUGAUCAACACAUCCUUCAUAAAGAAUUUACAAAAGGAGACCUGGUACUUUUGUUUAAUUCUCGACUAAAGCUUUUUCCGGGAAAACUUCGUUCGAGGUGGUCUGGACCAUUCCAAGUGCGUAAAGUAUACCCAUUUGGGGCUGUCGAAGUAUGGAGUGAAGCCACGGGAACCUUCAAGGUCAAUGGACAGCGAUUAAAGCAUUAUUUCACAGGAACUCCGAUUGAGAAGUUGGGUACUUUUACCCUUCCCGAUUCAUCAUCAUUGUGAGCAUUGAAGGGGUCGAGCUCAUGACCAUAAACAAACGCUUCUUGGGAGGCAACCCAAGUUUUUCUUUCACUUUAUUUUCCUUUUAGUGUUUUAAUUAUUAGUUUUCAUGACAUGUAAUCAGGUUGUCGUGAACUGGUGUGUAGGUGAAUGACAAAGGGAAAAUAGGUAAUAGAGAGUUCAAG